AUGACUGUUCUGAAUCGGACAGUAUUUGAUAUUCCAUUAACGUGGAAUCGUUCGAGAUUUGAAUCUACACGUAAUCAAUGUCGAAUUGCUCGUAAACUUAUUGAAACAAGCAUCAAUGCACAAUAUGAAAAGCAAAUGCGAGGUAUAUUCUCUCGCAAUAUUGAAAUUGAUGAGAAUAUCAACGAAAUUAAUCAGCGAUUAUCGAAAUGUCACGAUAAAUUACUUCUACUUGACAAUAUGAUUGAAUUAGCUUCUCAGUCACUUCGAAUCUAUUUCGAUCGCAGAAUGGAUCAUGUACGAGCGAUCGUCAAAGAACAUUGUGAUAUCAUCCAACAAAUUAUUGGUGAAGAAGCCGAGCACUGGAAAGAGAUUCAUGCAGUUAUGAAUCAGAAUUUACUUCAUCCAGGUGAUCUACGUUCUCGAAAUAAUAAUUAUCCACGAGUAGUGCAAAAAAGUCCAGGAUCGAACAUUGAUACCAUCGAUGAAGAAACAAAUGAACUUUUAGUGAAUGGUAAAACGCUGACACCAUUAUUGACUCAAAUGAUUCGAAAAUCACGAAUACAAUCAAAGCGUCUUACAUUAGUCCCAUCAACUAAAGCGAAUGUUCCUUUGGAACAAGGAUAUUCGGUACCACGAAAAGAAGAACGAGUCAGUAUGCACAUCAUUCCACUUAGUACUACUCGUCAACCAUUACAAAUUGUUGACACGACAUUCGUUGUAAAACCCGAAGAAACCAUGUUCGAAGGCGAAAUGCAACAUGAUGACGAUGAACCAAAUGGAACGUAUCGAGCUGGAAAUCAAAAUUUUUGUUCGCAUCUCUAUGUCAAUCAGCCUGAAACAUUAUUAAUUGAUUCUCAACCGAAUAUCCCUACACGUUUAUGUUUUUCGCCAACCAUGCUACAAGAAGCGACUCAAUCGUCCGAUGAUAAUGUACAUGAACGAUCAUUAUCACCAUCAUCAAACUAUUCUGAGAGUGAACAUCAUAGAGGAACAAUCAAGACAUUACUCUUACCUAUUGAUCAAAAUCGAACGCAUGUUAAACAAUAUAUAGAAGAUACUCGUCGUGUUGGUCAAACAUUCUUACUCGAUGUUGUCAAAACAGAACAACAAUUCGAUCAUAUUCAACGUGAAUAUAUUCGACCGACGAUACCUGAUGAUGAUGUCAUGAUUAUCAAUGCCACUAAACAAUUUAAAUCUACAGCAGAACCCAUAUCACAUCCAACUAAUGAUACGCAGAUUGCUAACGGAUCUUCUGAAAACCAACCACAAUCUUCUACUGUUCAAGAAACAGUACCAGUGAAAAGUCGAACACGUGCCACGACUAAAACGAAAACCAAAUCGGUGAUUGUUAGUGCUAGAAAGACUCGAAGUGCUACGAAAGUUCUCGCUGAACGUGAAGCAACAGCUGCAGUAGUAUCGGCAGCAACAACAGCAAAACCGAGUCGAGAUAAAUCAACUGAGAACAAACGAAAGACGAGAAAACGUAAACAAUCAAAGUCAAAUGAUCGUCCAGCAAAAUCAUCCGACGAUGAAAACGAACAGCGACGCUCCAGUUCUACUCGCGACGGGGAUACUAAAAGAAAAACAAAACGACGUAAAAAAUCCAAAAGUGAUCCUCGUCAUCGUGAUGAUUCCGACGAAGAUGACGAUAACAAUAAUAACAUUCAAGUUAACAAGAGACGAAGAGCUCGAAAACAAAGCAAGUCGAAACAAGUUAAAGAUCAACCAGAAAAAUCAAAUGAAAAUGAACAUCAAUCAACUAGAAAGAAAAUCAAGAAUGCUAAAGAAUCCACCGUACAGUCAGAAAGCGAAAAUGAAAAAACUGCAACUAAACAUAAAAGCACCAAAUCAUCAACCAACGAUAUCAACGAAGAGAAAAAGUCAAAAGUGAAACGGCAAAAGCAAAAGACGAAAAAAUCGAAAAAAGAUGAUAUGGAACAAACACCACAACAGCAUAGCACUCAAUCUUUGGCAAGAAAAUAA